GUGUCGGGGUGGGGGCUAUAAAAUCCCGGAGCCGGGGCGUCGGGCGGGGGACGUGAGGACCAGCCCUCUCCAGGGACCCCUUUGUUCGUGGCCCAGACGCCGACACCUCCGCGUCCCCAAGGGCUUGACCGCCUGCGUCCGCACCGCGCCCGGGGCAGAGCACAAGACAGGAGAGGGGAGGGGGCGCCUCGGCCGGUCGGGCCCUCCAGCCACCCACCCCUCCCGACAUGUCGCGCUCCUUCUAUGUCGACUCGCUCAUCAUCAAGGACUCCUCACGGCCCGCGCCCUCGCUUCCUGAGCCGCACCCCGGGCCAGAUUUCUUCAUCCCGCUGGGCAUGCCAUCCCCGUUGGUGAUGUCCGUGUCCGGGCCGGGCUGCCCAUCCCGCAAGAGCGGCGCGUUCUGCGUUUGUCCGCUCUGCGUCACUUCGCACCUGCACUCCUCUCGGGGGCCCGCGAGCUCUGGCGGCGGGAGCGUAGGGACCGGGAGUGCAGGGCCCGGGGGUGGCGGGGCGGCAGGAGCCGCCGGGGCCUUGCCCCUGCUCAAGAGUCAGUUUUCUUCGGGUCCUGGGGACGCACAGUUUUGCCCGCGCGUGAGCCACGCGCACCAUCACCACCACCCGCCGCAGCACCACCAUCACCACCACCAGCCCCAGCAGCCCGGCUCGGCUGCAGCCGCGGCGGCCGCGGCGGCAGCGGCCGCAGCCGCGGCGGCCUUGGGGCAUCCGCAGCACCACGCACCUGUCUGCACCGCCACCACCUACAACGUGGCGGACCCGCGGAGAUUCCACUGCCUCACCAUGGGGGGCUCGGACGCCAGCCAGGUACCCAAUGGCAAGAGGAUGAGGACAGCGUUCACUAGCACGCAGCUCCUGGAGCUGGAGCGGGAAUUCUCUUCCAACAUGUACCUGUCUCGACUCCGGAGGAUCGAAAUCGCCACGUACCUGAACCUGUCGGAGAAGCAGGUGAAAAUCUGGUUUCAGAACCGCAGGGUGAAGCAUAAGAAGGAAGGGAAGGGCACGCAGAGGAACAGUCACACGGGGUGCAAGUGCGUCGGCAGCCAGGCGCACUACGUGCGCUCGGAGGAUGAGGACUCCUUGUCGCCGGCCUCCGCCAACGAUGACAAGAUUUCCCCCUUAUGAGGGAGGGCUGCCCCACGUCUCGCCAUACGCCCCCGGCAUCCCCCAACGCCCACCACGCGACGCGGGAGGCAUCCAGGGGCCAAAAUCCUCUCCCUUUCGGUGGUCUCACCUGGAGAAGGUGGAGACGAGCGUUCCCGGGGGCUUACAUGCUGGGCCUGACCCUUCUCCUGUCUCCUGCUUGACCUAUUUGUUUGGGGCUCCACUUGCAGUUACAGAUCGUUUUUGUUUUUAAUGUAAAUAAUCUAGAUUCAACUCAGUAUUGUCAUAUAACAAAGAAAAAACAGGGUUGGUUUAAGUUUAAAACUGUAUAAUGGGUUUUGAGAGCGCAUGUCAUUUCCCUUUCCCUGUGUUUCAGAACCUGAUAAAAACACGGGGUUUCUUGAUUAUUUUUGUUUUGUUUUUAAUGAAAGUAUUGAAUUGCAAAUAACUUAGAAAAUUAAACCUUGUAGGUCUUGCUUUCUGAAAAUUUGUCUGGGGAGAGUUCAAAAUCCAAGUUGCUGGAAGUCUCUUUGUGAAUAGUUUUAUAUAAAAU